AUGGUCCUUGCCAACCUGAGGAGCUACUUCCUGCGCCAAGAUCUGUGGUGCGUGAUUGGGGAGGAGCACGCGCGCGCGGCGGCGGUGCCCGACGGCCGCGGCGACUUCCUGCGCUUCUGCCAGCAGUGCACCAAGCUGGAGCCGGUGUCGGCGUUUGAGGGGCCCAAGCGCUCGUGCCACGCCAGCCUGAUCAAGCGGCACGACCGCCACCGCCUGCGCGGCAAGCGGGACAGCGGCGACUCCCAGCCGGCGCGCUCGCUGCGGCGGCGCGCCGACCAGGCACACCCCUGGGCCGGCGGCGACGGCAGCAGCGGCGGCGGCCGCGGCAGCGCCAGCCCCGGCAGCACCGCCUCGCAGCAGCUGGCCAGCACCUCGGCGCCGCCGCGCCAGCAGCAGCAGCAGCCGCUGCAGCCGCCGCCGCUGCCCCUCAGCAUCCUGCAGGCGCUCGGCUCCCAGCAGCAGCAGCUGCUGCGGCCGGUGGCGCACCACGCCGCCGCCGCGCCCUCCCCAGGCCUGGGAGCCGCAGCCAGCGGCAGCGGCACCCUCCCAGACCUGGACCAGCUGCUGAGCCGGCUGAGCUCCGGCGCGCCGGCCCCCUCGCCGCCGCCUCAGAGCCAGUCUAUGUUUGCUGCCUUUGGCGGCGGCGGCGGCGGCGGCGCGGGCCUGCUGCAACAGCAGAUGGGGCCGCUGCUGGAGGCACUUCGCGCCGCCUCGGCGGCGGGCGGCUCGCCCAUGCCGACGCCGCCCGCGGCCACGCCCCAGCCGCAGGCGGCCGCGCUGCUGCAGGCGCUGGUGCCGCCCCACGGCGCCGCCGGCGAGCUGCGAGACCUGCUGCAGCUGCUGCGGCUGCUGCAGGCGCAGCAGGCGGCGGUGUGUGCGCGGCUGGAGGAAAUGGCGGGCGGCGGCGGCGUGCCGCAGCACCAGCUGGCGGAGCUGGGCGCCGCGAUGGCUCCCUCAGCACACCUGGAGCAGCGGCUGCGGCUGCCGCUGAUGCAGCUGCUGGCGCAGGGGCAGGCGCAGCAGGCGGCGGGCGGGGAGGCGACUGCGGGCGGCGGCACGGGCGCGCCGCCGCCGCCGCUGCCGCAGCCGCUGCCGCCGCCGUCGGUGCAGGCGUCGGUGCCGCUGCCCGCCGGCGGCGACGGCGAGCGGCAGCAGCUGGCGCUGCGCCAGCUGUCGGGGCAGCUGCCAGGGCAGGCGCUGCCCAGCCUGCCAGACGGCGGCCAGGCCGGCGCGCAGCAGCAGCACCUGGGCAGCCUGCUGCAGGCGCAGGUGCAGCAGGCGAUGCAGGCGGCGGGGCUGGGGCCGCAGCUGCUGGGUCUGGCGGCGGCGCAGGCCGGCAUGGGCCAGUGGGCCUUCAGCCCGGCUGAUGCGGCGGCGAUGCUGGCCGCUGCCGUCGGCGGGGCGGGCGGCGCGGGGGCGGGAGCGCCCUCGGCGCCGCCUGCUGUCCCCAAGGCGGAGCCUGCAGCGGCGCCGCCGCUCGGUGCCGCGGCAGGUGCGACACCCGCUGAGGAGCAGCUGCGCGCCCUGCUGGGGCGGCUGACGGGCACUCUAAUGCCGCCGCCGCAGCAGCAGCAGCCGCCGCCACUGCAGCUCCUGCAGCAGCAGCAGGAGCAGCACCAGCAACAGGAGCAGCUGCAGCAGCAGCUGCACCAGCAGCAGCAGAUGCAGCAGCAGCCGCAAUAA